CACGGCGGAUCAACUUGGACAGGGAAGAAAACGCCACUACUGCGUAGUGCGCACAGGUGAUUCAGUUGUCGGUGCCACCUUCUCGUGGUGGAAAACAUGGGAAAACUCAAAGAAUUCGACAUAACUUUUAAAGACAAUAAAGUUGUUUAUAGUCCUGGAGAGUCACUUUCAGGCACUCUGAAAAUCACAACCACCGAAGCUCUGCUAUGUAAAGAUAUCAAAGUGAAUUGCCAAGGCUUCUGUGGUGUCACCAGCAAGAGCAAUGACACAGCCUGGAUGGUGGAAGAGCAGUACUUCAGCAGCACGCUCUCUGUGGCAGAUAAAGGAACCCUGAAACUGGGAGAUCACAGUUUUCCGUUCAAGUUUCUCAUUCCAGCCUCUGUUCCCACAUCCUUUGAAGGAAACUAUGGAAAAGUUAUGUACAGAGUGAGGGCUUUCAUUGACACUCCUCGCUUCUCUAAGGACUAUAAGGUGGAGAAGCCUUUCUACCUGCUGAGUCUCCUCAACCUCAACGAUGUACCUGACAUCCAUGGAUGUAGUUCAUCUUCCGUUACUAAGAAGUUCACCUACCUACUGGGGGUAAAGACAGGAACUGUGGUGCUGAAGGCCCAUAGUGACAUGAAGGGCUACACGCCUGGUCAGGUCAUCCAACUGACCACAGAGCUCCACAACCAGUCUGGGAAAACCACAGGGACUGUGGUAGCCUGUCUCAUUCAGAGAGUAACUUACCAGACAAAGAAGCCUACCAUUGACUUGAGGACUUUAGUGCAGGUGGAGGGUGCGGGGGUGAAGGCUGGCAAACAAGUUGAGUGGAAGGAGCAGAUUAUUGUACCUCCUCUGCCCCAGUCAUCUCUGGCUGACUGUGGUCUAAUAAACAUGGAAUACUUUAUUCAAAUCUCCUUGAAAUCUCCUGAGGCUUCGUUUUUGUUGCCCAUCCACAUUGGAAACAUCUCAGUGGAUACCACGUCAGCACGACCCUCCAGACCCCCUCCUCCAACCACCGAUCCUUCUCGCUCCUCCACAAACCCUACCAAGCUAGAAAACAGCAGACGCUCUGAGCCGUCCUCCCAAGACCAAGAAACUCCUACUUGCCCUUCCCCCCACCCAGCCCCAAAACCUGUUCCCAGAAUCAGAGUCUCCACUUCCUCCCCUGCCUCCCCCAGUGCCCCUCCAGCUGAGAUGGACUAUCUGGUCAUGGGCGCCAAGGGGCAGGUGACCGAGGCCCUCCCAACUGAGAGCCACUCCCAGCUUGGUUUCUUGAGCUCUCAGGCCACUGUCUCCCCCAGUGCCUUCAGCUAUGCCCCAGGCCUCACCUUCUCCCAGAACCAGUCCCAGAGUGAUGCCACAAACCCAACGGGACCUUUGUUCUGUGUGUCCACAGGCGCCACCAUCCCAUUCUUCUCUGAGGGCAGUACCAACCCCAAGCCUACCCUCUACCCACUCCUGCCUCCUGAGUACAGCACCUCAACACUCCCACAUGAGGCUCCUCCCAGCUAUGUCGAGAGCUGUAGCAGCAACACAUAAAACAACGUCAUGACACAGGAGAGACUGCUGGCAACACUGAACAUGACAACCAACCUCCCUUCUACUCGAUCAUGCUGCCAGAUAGACCUCUUAUGUACGUUAGCCCAGGUUAAGCAACACCUUUUUUAUGAUUACUGAUUGCUUUCACACAUAGUUUGCGCUUUCAGGACAGUACUGUUUUUACGUAAACAAUUUGUAUAGCUGGAGACAAGUUUUCAAAGUUAAGUCAGGGUGGAAUUAGUUAAGAAUAUUUUGAAAUUGUAUUAUUUAUUUUUUACUAGGCAAGUCAGUUAAGAACAAAUUCUUAUUUACAAUGACGGCCUACACCGGCCAUACCCGGACGAAGCUGGGCCAAUUGUGUGCCGCCCUAUGGGACACCCAAUCACGGCUGGUUAUGAUACAGUCUAGAAUCGAACCAGGGUGUCUAGUGAGGUUCUAGCACUGAGAUGCAGUGCUUUAGACCGCUGUGCCACUCGGGAGCCAAAACACCUAUGAUUGAAACCAAGUGAAGAUCCAUGAAGCCCACUAGCAACUGCCCAGGCUAUGUUUUAUGUAACCUGUAUGUUUAUUUAUUGUUUUCACUAAACUGUCUAUUCAUAGUGAAUUGUCUAUGUUCUAUAUCCAAAUAAUGUUUUAUGCAUAGGAAAUACAGUGCCUUGAUACUCUACAAUGCACAACCUAAUAAAAUUGUGUUGUAUGUUUA